UCAAUAACUUUCUCACCAAACAGAAGAAAAGAAAAAAAAAAAAAAAAAAAACCCGUAAUUAGGACACAAAAGGAAUUAAACUAUUUGAUUUCACAUAGGAGGAUGGUGAUGAUGGAAGGCUGGUCUCCAACUACCAUAUCUCCUUUGCUUCUCCGCAACCUCAUAGCCUCCCUCUUUAUCUUCGCAGACAAAUCCUUCCUAAACUUGUCUGAGAAAUCCAAACUCCUCCAACUCCUUCGCUAUACUUUCGUCACUUCCUUCCUCUUCCUCCUCCGUUUUCUUCCUCCUCUAAACCCUAACAAUAACCAACCCUACAAGCCUCCCAACAAGAAUGCUAGUGAUCACACUAGUGAUCAUUAUGAUUAUACGCUCUCCUCAUGCGGCGGCGGUGCUACUAUUACUGGCGGCGGCGACUCCGCUAUCGCUCGAGCACUUUCGCAGCUCUUGUCCCUCGUCAACGACAUCCCCGUAAACUCCAGGAAGUACCAAGUUGUUCGCUCUUUAGCGGAGAACCUCAUCGACGACAACCACAAAGAGGGCGUAGAGGCUUUACGUCAAGUCAACCGUACGGUUCUAUCCGCGGCUUUUUCCACCACUCUGAGCCAGCUUGAAGCCGCCACCAUUCUCGAACAACAAGGAGAAGUGCGUGGGGGUGAUGGCGUCGAUUUGUUGGGGAACGCUCGGCCGGCGGAGAACCGGUGGAGCCCGGUCCUACGGGUGGUUCGAUCGAUAUGGGACGUGGCGUGGAUAAGGGGGACGAGGGCGAGCGGGACGAGGAGCUCGGCGGAGAAACUGGCGGCUGAGGUGCUUUGGUUGGCUGAGAAGCUGGCAGCUUGUGACUUGGCUGAUGAAGCAGUGCGGAGAUGGGCUGCCUCCUUUAAUUUGGCUUGGCUCUCUCUUUCCGUUGAGCCGCGCUUACAAGCAUCCUUGGUCAAGGUUUCGGCAUUGUUGUUCAAGCAUGCCAAACAAUUGGGAAAAGACGAAGCUGACGACGAAAUCAAGAAAGAGCAACACAAGCAAACAAAGAUGCAAAUGUUAAUGUCGUGGUUGCCAUUGCUAUGCAGAGCCAGCAACGGAACCGACGUCCCGGUUUUGAGCAUCGGAGAAAGGGCUGAGCUGGAGAGAGUAUUGGAAGAGACGAUCGAGAUGCUGGAAGACGAAGAUGAUCAAGAGAAAGUGCUGUCGUUGUGGCUCCACCACUUCACACAUUGCUUGUCCUCUGAUUGGCCCAACCUCCAUGGCUCCUAUGCUCGCUGGUGUAACACUUCUCGGAAGCUCUUGCUGCACCACCAUGCAUGAUGUAUAGGAGUGAUGAUAGGGGGAUCACAUUUUGUAAAUCAUAUCUAAAUCAUCUCUAUUAUAGAGUUUAGGUCCACAAUAUAAGUAGAUCCCACGUUUAUUAGA